AUCCAAGCCUUUCCAAACCCUUCAUCAGGGCAAGACCCAGGGGGCAGCUUGACCUGGGCUUGAAUGUUACCAUUGAGUGCCGAGGCCCAGAGAAUGGUCUGAACUACUCCCUGCACCUGCCAAAGAACUUGAUUGCAUCACGGAAAACAAAGCCAGAUGGAAACAAAGCUAAAUUCUUUCUCUCUGUGGUGAGGCAAGAGGAUGCUGGGAGCUACGUCUGCCAAUAUCACCACAAAGGAAAUCCAUUUGUCUUGUCUGAGCCAAGUGACCCCAUGGAUUUGCUUUUGAGAGAUCCCAGUCUUCUCCAGCCCUCCAUCAAGGUGACACCCCGGGGACAACUUGCACCAGGCUCAAAUGUCACCAUCGAGUGCCAAGGACCACAGAAUGGCCUGAACUUCUCCCUGCACAAAUCGGGAAGCCUGACAGCAUCACAGAAGGCAGAGCCUGACAGAAACACAACCAAGUUCUCUUUCUUCAGGAUAACAUCAGAGAAUACAGGGAAAUAUACCUGUCAGUAUUCCCAAAGCACAAAUUCCUUCAUCUGGUCAAGGCCAAGCAACCCGGUAAAGCUGGUUGUGACAGCGAUUUCUAACCAAGCAGGAUCCACAACAGUUAUAUGGGCAAGCAGUGCUGUGGGUCUUCUCGUUCUCCUCCUGUUGUUGGUUGCCUUCCUAUUGUACAGAAGAAGAGCAG